CAGACUAAGGCAAAAAUGUCGACGGAGUUGUUAAUAUUGUUCAUCACGUUAGUGAUCGUGCUAUAUAUUUGGCAAAAACGAGCCCAUGUCUACUGGGAGCGACUGGGCGUUGUGCAUAUAAAGCCCUCGCCCAUAUUUGGCAAUAUGCGCAGCUUUCUUACAGCCAAAGUGUCGUUCUUUGAGCAAAUCUGUUUGCUGCACAGGACGCCGGGCUUUGAGAAGGAACCUUUAGUGGGCGUAUAUAUGGUGAAUCGACCUGGCUUAGUUGUACGCGAUCUGGAACUGAUUAAAACGGUGAUGAUAAAAAAGUUCAACUAUUUCACAAAUCGCGUGCUGGCAACCGAUCCGCAUCGCGAUCCACUGGGCUGUAAUAAUCUAUUCUUUGCACGUAAUCCGGAUUGGAAGGAAUUACGUAAUAAAAUCUCGCCGGCAUUCACCAGUGGCAAGAUAAAACAGAUGUAUCCUCUGAUGACAGAGAUAGCCAAGGAUUUGGAAAACGUUUUGGAGCAAGUGCCCGAGGACUCCAUUGUCAGCAUUAAGGACUUUUGCGCGCGCUUUACCACGGAUCUUAUUGCCACCAUCGCCUUCGGGGUCAAGGCCAACUCGCUGGGGAAUGUAAAAAGCGAAUUCUUUGCGCAUAACAAGGCGAUUUUCGAGACGAGCUGGAGUCGUGGCUUGGAUAUCACCAUCAUCUUUCUGCUGCCGGCACUGGCCACGCUGGCUCGUGUCAAGGUAUUUUCGAAAGCUACAUCAAAGUUUCUGCGAAACAGCAUUAGCUUUGUGCUGAGUGAGCGCGAGAGAUCGGGCGUUAAUCGCAACGAUCUGAUUGACAUAUUGCUGGCAAUGAAGCGCGAGGCAGCGGCGCAGCCUGAUAAGAAUAACAGAGCUUUGGAAUUGGAUUAUUUGGUGGCACAGGCGGCCAUAUUCCAAACAGCUGGCUUUGAGACCAGCUCUUCUACGAUGACCAUGACGCUAUUUGAGCUGGCCUGGAAUACGGAGCUGCAGGAGCGCUUGCGUACAGAGAUUAGGGAAUACUUUGGUUCCGAGGACUACAUCAGCUAUGCUCAAAUACAAGAGAUGCCCUACUUGACGCAGGUGGUCAACGAAACGCUACGGAAAUAUCCCAUUGUGGGCUAUGCCGAACGCGAGUGCAAUCAGCCGGCGAAUGGAGAGCGCUUUACACUUCAGCCCUUCUAUGAUGUGGAGCUGCCCAGUGGCAUGCCCGUCUAUGUGUCCACUUUGGCCAUACAACGUGACGAGCAGUACUGGCCGGAACCCGAGAAGUACGAUCCGGAACGCUUUGCCCCAGAGCAGCGGGACAAAUUGAAUAUGGAUGCCUACAUGCCAUUUGGAGUUGGUCCACGCAAUUGCAUUGGCAUGCGCCUGGGUCUGCUGCAAACCAAACUGGGACUGGUGCAUCUCCUGCGUAAUCAUCGUGUGCUCAAGUGCGAGAAGACAGUGCCAGUGAUAACGUUUGCGCCCUUUAGUGUAGUGGUUACACCCAAGGAACAAAUCUACUUGAAAUUGCAAAGGGCUGGCGAUUGAGCCCAAUGCUCAGCUCAGCUGCGUUUUGCUUCAAUAAACUGCAUGGCUGUUGAUUUGCAUUUCAAUUCAUCAGUAUAAUAAAAAUAAAACGCAAUUAAGCUGCGUCACUCG